CGUCCAAUCCAGUUUACUUAGCCAAUCCGCACCUUCUAUAAAUACCUCUUAACCGCGGUUCUAUUUAAACUUUUAAUUUUGUAUCCUUUGACGAGUUCAAGCGGUAAACAGAGAAAGGCAUCUUCAACAAAUUUAAGAGAUGGCCCGUACCAAGCAAACUGCUCGUAAGUCAACUGGAGGAAAGGCUCCUAGGAAGCAACUCGCUACCAAGGCUGCCCGUAAGUCUGCCCCGACCACCGGUGGCGUGAAGAAGCCCCACCGUUACCGUCCUGGAACUGUUGCCCUUCGUGAAAUUCGUAAGUACCAGAAGAGUACUGAGCUUCUUAUCAGGAAAUUGCCCUUCCAGAGGCUUGUCCGUGAAAUUGCCCAGGACUUCAAGACUGAUUUGCGUUUCCAGAGCCAUGCAGUUUUGGCUCUCCAGGAAGCUGCAGAGGCAUACCUUGUUGGUCUUUUCGAAGACACCAAUUUGUGUGCCAUCCACGCCAAGCGUGUAACAAUCAUGCCCAAGGACAUCCAGCUGGCUCGUAGGAUCAGGGGUGAGCGUGCUUAAGUGUCAAGUGUGAAGAUCUCACUUAUAAUGAAGAAAUUCUUGUUGGUUUUUAGGGAAUGUUGUGUUUUUUCUUUUUCUUUUUUUUUGUUAGGUAGAUAAAAGGAUAGGUUGAUGAUAGUGGUAGGAUUAAUGUGAUUUAACGAUGAAUUAGGGGGGUUAUGGUUGUGGUAGUGUCUGAUAGUUAAUGGAUAACUUCUCUAGUCUGGGUAUAUUCUAUUUAAAUGUUUGUGUUAUGCUCUGCCACCUACUGUAGUGGCUUCGAACAUCAAUCUGUAAUUUGUCAACCUAAUCUGGUUUAGUUAUAUUUGUUCUUAAA